GGUUUCCGCUAAACACUGAAGAGAGAUUCUCGGUCGUAAACGGUGGCCGACAAACCGGAGUCUCGUAGGCUCGCGUUUCUUUCGCAUGCGUAGCACCGCGACACCGGCGCGGCAUUACGAUCCGCCGCGGGUGGUUGACUCGAAAUCGAGUCGACGAUGUUUGAAACAUUUGCGCGGCAACGAAGAUCGAGUGCGAGAGAGGAGGAAGGAAUCGAAGGAGCGCAAAAGGAAAGGCACGAGACGGCCACGAGAAGGGAAGAAAGAGCGAGACCGGUGUGAUGAGGUGAGGCAUGGGGCAGAAAGGAGAAGAGAGGAGAGGAGAGGCCGGGAAGAAAGAUGGACGGCGCGGCAUGGCGCGACACGACGCACGGAGAAACCGAGUCAAACUCUCGGCCGGCUGGCGCCGUUCUGUCGGCCCCCGCUGCCUCUUGCCGCCAACAAUGCGCGCCGUACACCUCUUCCCCGUUUGUUUCGCCUGCCAUCGUCACCAACGUCAGCGCCAACACCAGUACCUGUAGUACCGACACCAGCACCGUGACAUCGCUGUUCCUACUACCACCAUCGCUCAUCGUCGUCGACGAUAACGCUACUAGUGUGGGAUACUCCUUAUAGCGAGAUGCUUGACCCCGUUGAAUCGCAAACUGAAUACCGUGCUCGAAACUCAUCCGUGUCGUGUGAUCCGAUCGAGUUUCCAAGCGCGGCGAGACGAUGCUUACUCGACUUUCGGGCGCCUCCGCGCGCCAGUAUUGGUGCUAAAGUCGAUACACGCGAUACAUUCUCGGACGGAGCAAAGUGGUGCGGAGGCUGAAAAAGGAACAACGUCCGGUGCGUUGGUAGUGGUGAUGGUAUCCGUAGAAUCGAUGGUAUCGAUACCAGUGGUGGUGUGCAAUGGAAAUGGUAGUGGUAGUGGUAGUGGUAGUGUAGUAGUAGUAGUAGUAGUAGUAGUAGUAGUGGUAGUGGUGGUAACGUUAGAGGCAGCAAAGUCACUGCAGGCAGACCAGUUGGGACUCCAUCGUACGCGCGUGAGAUGAAAGAGGCUCGAACGCACGAGGAGAGUUAGUACGUCGUCGACCGCGCUCGAGUAAGGACGCGUUUUGCUAUAGCAGUUGUCUUUUUCGGUUUUUGGACUCGAACCAACUUCGUACCAACGUACGCGAAUAAAAUCGUGAUCGUGAUUUUCUUUUUUCCUCCGUGAUUUCCAUAUCUUUCGAUGGUUGUUCGUAAGAACGCGACGAAAUUUGAGCGCACAGACUCGUAGAAAGUGUUGGAAGAAGAGAAAGAAAGCGAAAGCGAUAGCGGGAAAACUUAAGAAGGAAGAGAGAAGAAGCUGUUGAAGCAACGAGGCGAGGGAAGAAAGACGCGAAGCGUGCAACGCGAUUACGCGCUAACCCGUGUACCUAUUCGCGGCACGUGCUCGUAGGAUCCACUACAAAAAAAAAAAGUAGUGCAUGAACGGGUGAAGUAAUGCGCGUGUGGUGAUCAAGAACAAAGAAGACGGUGCUCAACGUGCGCACUAACGCGCCUUCGUGUCUCCAAUUAGCCAUCAAAAUGACCAAUCACGUUGUGGAAUCAGCCUCCGAAUUGUCGGCUUUGAUGAAAGUCGGUGUGAUGUCCAGCUCCGACAGGGAUGCCGGCUUCUGUAGCGGCGGAGACGAGGACGACAUAUCCGACCUACGCUCGCCAAGCGCCUCGGAAGAUAGCCUAGAAGUGCAAGUAACGCCGAUAUCGUUAAAAAAUAAAAGAAAGUUGGCGGAACCACGGAAAAUUCACGAACCAAACCCAGCACCGUUGAAAAAACGAAGGUUCCAACGGAUCGAGGAAGAGAUCGUACCGGACGAGGAGUCGACCAGAACGCUUCGAUCACCGAGCCCGUUUCGACCAUGGAGCUAUACCAGCAACAAGAGCAUCGAUGCGAAACUUUCUUUACCGAUUACAACCGCAGAGAGAUCUACGGCUAACCAACCAACAACCUGUGUUUUUUCCUUGCUAACGAACGUGCCAUCGCCAACGAUUCACGUUUCAAAUCGAAUCAACCAUCAUCAUCAUCAUCAUCAUCACCAUCACCAUCAUCAUCGUCACCGACACCACCAACGUUAUUGUCAAACCAACGAGCGUGAUCGCGGCAACGGUAACGACAACGUUCGACAAGGUAAUUCGGAUCGUAGCCAGGAUUCCGACGACGGUGAUACGUGCGAAGACACCAAAGAGUCGCAAAGUCGAGACAGUUCACCCAACGGAGUACGACAGUCGACGCAAACGCGUACACCUCGAGCUGAAAAGCGAGAACUAUCUCGUCAAAAAUUUGACAACGCUACCACCUCGUGUGCAAUUUCUACGUCCGAUACGGCCAUAGCAUCAUCGCCUAUGACACUGUCUCCGAUCGCGCUUCCAAGACUGCAAGAGGAACCUCUGUCACUGGUGCUGAGAGGCGAUGUAACCGCCAGAGUACCUUCGCAUCCAGCGGUAAACGGUAACUACGAGAAAACCUGCUCGUAUCCCGUAGAACGUACGAACGUUUUGACCGCCUCGUCAUUGUCUUCGUCUCUGUUAUCGUCGUCGUCGUCGUCGUCGUCGUCCUCAUCGUCUUCGUCGUUGUCCUCAACGUCGUCUUCGUCUUCUACCUCCUCUUCGUCGUCGUUAUCAUCGGCAUCGUCCUCGUCGUCGUCGUCUUCAUCUCAGUCGUCUCACCAUCAACAAAUUCAUCGAUCCUGCUCGAGCAACGGUAAUUCUUGCUCGACGACAGGGACAACGGCCGCAAUGAUAACAACGGUGGUAAGCACACCGACGACUACGAUGACAAACGUGCAGAGUAGUCAGACGAGGCAACAUCCAACAGCGGGACAACAGAGAAACUAUAAAAACAUGACACGCGAAAGGAGAAUAGAAGCAAACGCCAGAGAACGGACAAGGGUGCAUACUAUAAGCGCUGCAUUCGAUACGCUUAGGCGUGCUAUACCCGCGUAUUCCCACAAUCAAAAGCUGUCGAAGCUAUCCGUGUUAAGGAUCGCGUGUAGUUACAUCAUGACGCUGGGGAAGAUCGUCGAUACUGCGGAAGGCGAGACGACCAACGGCGCCUCGUUGGGAGCUUGCGUGGAUCUUGUAUCUAAAACUAUUCAGACAGAGGGCAAGCUUAGAAAGAGAAAAGAAGACUGAGCUCCACGUACGCUUUGAAAUUCGAAAAUAUACGCAAGACAAUAUGUAUGUAUAUUAUUGUAUAUGUAUACGUAUAAUGAACGUUGACCAUCAGCGAAUGAACCCACCGAUCGUUAAAAAUUCAAAUGACGAUAGUAGAUGACUAAAUACCCUUCAACGAAGAAAUUCCUUUCCCGUCCGUCGAAUCAGCGAUUGGAUGAAAUCGUUUCGAUCUCGGAUGUCAAAUUUUUCGUUUGUUCGUUCGAGUCGUGAAUCAUCGAUGGUUAACCGAUAAACGAUGACUAUGAUGGUAGUAACCAUAAAUAGUGAAUAAUAUGUAUAGUAGAACCGAUUGCGGAAAGCAAGAAUACGCGAUCCCGAAUCGAGAGUCGGGUGUGAAACGUCGAAGCCAGGCGUAUAAUAAAACGUUGCGCAGUAUAAAAAUAGCUUUUCACGUUAUUUCGACAAAACGCGCAUUUACGAUGCGAACAAUGCGUGUGCGUUUCGAUGGAGCGCGUGAAAUCGUACAAUUUUACGUUGUAAGACUACCACGAGCCUGUGCAUACGUUCGUAUUUACUUCUAUCGAGAUUCGAAUAAAUAAAACGAAAAACAAACGUAAACAAA